AUGACCACGUCUGUGUUCGCAAAAUCCUUGCCAGCAUCCGUCCGCGAUGCAGUGAUUCUCUCGCUUCGCAGGACACCUCCCUAUCCCUCGAAUGGGCAUGGGGGUGACUCCCUACGACGCCUCGUCCUUCAGCGGAACGCACUUGGGUCUGUGAUGGAUGUUCAAGAUACUGGUUCGACGCGACACAUGUCACUACGGAAAUUCUCUGCUGAAAUGUCGCCCUAUGCAUCAGAUACUCGAUCCAAACAGAGCUCGGUUCGACAUGCCCAUCCUCCCCUUCGAAAAUCGCGCUCUGCACAAGAUCUGGCUGUUCUGUCUGUGGUUGGUGAUCCCUUAGCCUCGAGCACACACGAAGAGCUCUUAGAGGAUAUGUGGUUUGAACGUGUUAUGGAAGAUCUCUCUCUCGAUGAUAGCGCUUCCCAUCAUCGACCUGGAUUGUGA